AAAUGUUCACCUGUCAAUGCUGUCAUCUUUUUACUGGAGAUUUUCCCCACCCGAUACACUUUCACGUAGCGUUAGCAUACCGCGCAAGACUUCCUUGAUCCUUCCUCUCCCUUGUUGCUCUUCAUCGAGCACCAGCUGGUUCUUCUUCUACUUGUUCCUAAAGCCUUCUAAAACCCUUCAUAAAUUCCCAAUCUAUUUUCUGUCAAAGUCCAUUGCGAUAACCUUGUAGCAACACUCGCAUUAUGAGCUGCUAUGACAGUCGCUCCGGCGACCCCACUUCGUACCGCGACCGCAAAAGCGAUUCGGGGUUCGGUGGGUCUAUGGGGAUCAGUGGCUCAGUUCGUUCCUCAUCAAGCAGGAAUAAUUAUGAAGGUGCCGAGUCACCAAGGAAGUUGGAUUUGGAUGGAUUGACUCCUUUUGAGAAGAACUUCUAUGUUGAGUCGUCAUCAGUGACAGCAAUGUCGGACAGGGAGGUUGAUGAGUAUCGACAACGAAGGGAAAUUACAGUUGAAGGCUGUGAUGUCCCAAGCCCUGUCACGAGUUUUCAUGAUGUUGGGUUCCCAGAUUAUGUUAUGCAAGAGAUUACGAGAGCUGGCUUUUUAGAACCUACUGCCAUUCAAGCUCAAGGAUGGCCAAUGGCUCUGAAAGGCCGUGAUCUCAUUGGUAUUGCUGAAACAGGGUCAGGGAAGACACUUGCCUACCUGUUGCCUGCCAUUGUCCAUGUUAAUGCCCAGCCAAUUCUAGCUCCUGGAGAUGGCCCAAUUGUGUUAGUAUUAGCUCCAACCCGUGAACUUGCAGUCCAAAUACAAAAUGAAGCUACAAAAUUUGGUGCAUCAUCAAAGAUUAAAAACACUUGCAUAUAUGGUGGCGUUCCAAAGGGACCUCAAGUACGUGAUCUCCAAAAAGGUGUUGAAAUUGUUAUUGCUACACCAGGGAGGUUGAUAGAUAUGUUGGAAUCACAUCAUACAAACUUGCGAAGGGUUACUUAUCUUGUGUUGGAUGAGGCAGAUCGGAUGCUAGACAUGGGAUUUGAGCCUCAAAUCCGAAAACUUGUUUCUCAGAUUCGCCCAGAUCGUCAAACUCUAUACUGGAGUGCUACCUGGCCUAAGGAGGUUGAACAACUUGCUAGGCAGUUCCUUUACAACCCAUACAAAGUGAUAAUAGGCUCUUCGGAUUUGAAAGCUAACCAUGCCAUACACCAGCAUGUGGACAUUGUUUCUGAGAAUCAGAAAUAUAACAAAUUGGUAAAGUUGCUGGAGGAUAUAAUGGAUGGCAGUCGGAUACUGAUCUUCAUGGAUACCAAAAAAGGAUGUGAUCAGAUCACUCGACAGCUUCGCAUGGAUGGUUGGCCAGCCCUCUCAAUUCAUGGAGAUAAAAGUCAAGCAGAAAGGGAUUGGGUCCUGUCAGAGUUUAAAGCUGGCAAGAGUCCUAUAAUGACUGCAACAGAUGUUGCAGCUCGUGGUUUAGAUGUGAAGGACGUGAAAUAUGUGAUAAACUAUGACUUUCCGGGUUCCCUUGAGGACUAUGUUCACCGCAUUGGUCGUACAGGAAGGGCUGGGGCAAAAGGAACUGCAUACACUUUCUUCACAGCUGCAAAUGCCAGAUUUGCGAAGGAACUUAUUAGCAUACUGAAGGAGGCUGGUCAGAAGGUCAGUCCUGAAUUGGCAGCAAUGGGGAGUGGUGCACCUCAACCGAUAGCUUGGUGCUCUAGUAUUCUUUCGGAGGAACAUGCCAAUGGGGCCUCAGUAUCACCUAUUGAUCUUGGGGACGACGAUUCGAGGAUGGAAAAGGUGGGGAUCAUCUUUGAUUCGUGCUGCAUGGAUGGUCAUGACUGGAGAUCCGAAUUCUUUCAUCUUCUUUAUAUAUACACAUAUAUUAAUGAAAGAAACACAGUUGAGCAGUUCACCAUUCUCCCAUUGAUUGCUAUGAAUACAAGAUACUUGUAUUUCUUAUGCACAACCAUUUGGUCCAAAUUCUUGUUCAUUUUGGCACCAAUUACUCAUUGUAUAAGCAUAUGCAAUUAUUUCUUGAUUUGUUUCUUAAACUGUCAUGUAUGAAAUUGAUUAUUAUUUUGCAAAGAAAUUGCCUAUUUUUUCUUGGGAA